CACGAGGAGAAUCGCCGCGGCACCGCGCAGCACGGCAGCAGCGGGCAUGGCGACGGCAGUGGCGGCGUGCGCCACGGCGCGGGUGGGGGCGGGCCUCAAGGCGCGUCUGCACGGCCUCGCCGCUUCGCCGCGACUCCUCGCGCCGCUGCAGACAGCAGCGCGGGCGUUCUCGGAGGCGGCGGGGGUGGGGCGGGGGGGCGCGCGGGUGAGCAUGGCGCUGCGCAGCGGCAUCGUGGGGCUGCCCAACGUGGGCAAAUCCACGCUCUUCAACGCCCUCGUGGAGAACGGCAAGGCAGUGGCAGCCAACUUCCCAUUCUGCACCAUCGAGCCCAACGUGGGCGUGGUGGCCGUGCCCGACCCGCGCCUGGGCGUGCUCUCUGAGCUCACCUCAUCAAAGCGCACACUGCCCGCCACCGUGGAGUUCGUUGACAUCGCGGGACUCGUCAAGGGCGCCAGCCAGGGCGAGGGCCUGGGCAACAAGUUCCUGUCGCACAUCCGCGAGGUGGACUCCGUCGUGCAGCCUGUCCUCAUCUGCCACGGCCUCUUUGCGUCACUCACCGUGUGUGCGUGGGUGCAUGGUGGGCCACAGGUGGUGCGGUGCUUUGAGGACACGGACAUCGUGCAUGUCAGUGGUGCCGUCAACCCCACCGCCGACAUCGACGUCAUCAACCUCGAACUCGCCCUUGCUGAUCUCUCCCAGAUAGAGAAGCGCAUGGAGCGGCUGAGCAAGAGUCGCUCCAAGGACCCCCAGGCUCGCUCCCGGGAGGAGGCGGAGGCGGGGGCGUUGGAGCGCAUAAGGGAGGCGGUGCUGGCGGGGGGGGCGGCGCGCAGCGUGGCGCUGAGCGAGGAGGAGGCGGCGCUGGUGGCGCAGCUGUGCCUGCUCACGGCCAAGCCCAUCAUCUACGCCGCCAACGUCGCUGAGACCGACCUUGCAGACCCCUCCUCCAACCCGCACGUGACAGCUGUGCGCCAGCUGGCGUCCAGUGAAGGCGCCGAGUGCGUGGUGGUCUCCGCGCAGGUGGAGGCGGAGCUGUGUGAGCUGGGCGAGGCGGACCGCGCGGAGUACCUGGCGGCACUGGGCGUGGAGCAGGGCGGGCUGGCGGGGCUCGUGCAGGCCACCUACCGCCUGCUGGGGCUGCGCACCUACUUCACUGCGGGGGAGAAGGAGACGAGGGCAUGGACGAUCCGAGCGGGCAUGACGGCACCGCAGGCAGCGGGUGUCAUCCACACCGACUUCGAGCGCGGCUUCAUCCGCGCCGAGACCGUACCGCCCCUCCCCUCCCUCUCUCCCUCUCUCCCUCCCUCCCUCUCCCCCUCUCUCCCUCUCUCCCUCUCUCCCUCUCUCCCUCUCUGCCUCUCUCCCUCUCUCCCUCUCCCCCGCUCUCCCUCUCUCCCUCCCCCCCCUCUCCCUCUCUCCCUCUCUCCCUCUCUCCCUCUCUCUCUCUCUCCCUCUCUGCCUCACUCCCUCGCCGCCUUGCUCCCUCGCCCCUCACCUCCUUGCUUCUCCUUGUACCUCGCUCUGUCUCCCCAGGCAACCACCACUAGUGAUUCCUAG